AUGGCAGAAGUGCACAAAAAAGCCAGCCUAUCUGGGGACCCAAAUCUUAAGACAAGACAAAGUCUAAUAGAGGUUGACCCUGGCAGUUCAGUUUCAGGAUCUCCAGCUGCUGGGGUCCACGGCAAAAAUGACCGACAUUAUGGUACUAUGCACGAUAGGACAAAAAAAUUAGGACAUCGUAGGGUCAAUGAGGAUGGGUCUGUAACCUACAAAAAGAAAACGACGACAGAAUUGAUGUCCGCCAUACAAUUAGGUAUUGGCCAAAGUAUUACUUCAUUGAGCAGUAAGCCGAAAAGAGAUUUAUUACUGCAAGAUUUUUCAAUUGUUGAGACUGUCUUUUUCCCCAAAGAUGGUAGUUCGUCGACCCCGCCCCACGAAUAUUCAGAUUUCCGAUUCAAAACGUACGCCCCGGUUGCUUUCAGAUAUUUCCGCGAACUCUUUGGAAUCCAGCCAGACGACUUUCUGAUCUCACUGUCGAACUACCCUCUCAAAGAACUUUCUAACCCGGGUGCCAGUGGUAGUAUUUUUUACAUAACCGAAGAUGACGAAUUCAUCAUUAAGACCGUGAGCAAUAAGGAGGCUGAUUUUCUACAGAAGUUAUUGCCUGGAUAUUAUAUGAAUUUGAAUCAAAACCCAAGGACAUUGUUGCCAAAAUUUUAUGGACUGUUUUGUUAUCAGUGUGGUGGCAAAAACAUUAGAUUCGUUGUUAUGAAUAACUUGCUACCGAUGUCAAUCAAAAUGCACGAAAAGUACGAUUUGAAGGGCAGUACAUACAAGAGGAAGGCGUCGAAACAGGAAAGAUCGAAGAAGUCUCCGACGCUGAAGGACCUGGAUUAUCAGGGCCUGCACCCGGAAGGAAUCAUGCUGGAGGCUGACACGUUCAGUGCCCUCUCUAAAACUAUCGAGAGAGAUUGCAGGGUGUUACAAAGUUUUCAGAUAAUGGAUUACAGCUUGUUGAUGUCCGUACAUAACUUGGAUCAGGCUAUGAAAGAAAGGGAAUCGUUAAAGGAAAGUGAGCAUGACUCUCCAGCUGGCCAAUCAGCAACUGCUUCCAGUGGCGAUGGUGGUGGUGGAGGAGGAAAAAUAACGAGAGGCAGAUCGAUUCACCAGAGACUGGCUCAGUUCUCGACAACAAUGGAAGCAAUCCACGCAAAAAGUGAACCUCUAGAAAUCGACGAAGAUGAAGUCCCAUCCGGGGGAAUUCCAGCCAGAAACUUCAAAGGUGAUCGCCUCCUGCUCUUCAUAGGCAUCAUCGACAUCCUGCAAAAUUACAGGCUGGCCAAGAAGUUAGAACACGCUGUCAAGUCCAUUGUUCACGAUGGGGAUACGAUUUCAGUGCACAGGCCGGGUUUCUAUGCGCAGAGGUUUCAAAGCUUCUUCACAUCGACUGUCUUCAAGAAAAUCCCAUCGCCGAUGAAGCACUCGCCAAUACAGAAGAAGUCUCUCGCCACGGCCCCGAUAGCCACUUCAACUACUACAACUGCAGCUGCUAACGAUAAAGGUGGACGGCCUGAUGUCCUGCCCAGUGCGACGCCCCCACCUACGUCGUCCAUGGCCGAUUUGAACCUAACCACUGGCCACGACAAACCGACAAAUAGCAGCGGUUCUUUACCCGUAAGUAUGGAGAUGACACGUCACGUGAUUUCUCCGGCUCAUCUGAUUGGUUCGUUCACCUCGACGAGCACGCCCACUCAUACGUCAUUCACUGAAGGUACGCCCAGCUAUACGGCUUCUAGCCCGAGUUGUUCGAUGAACUCCCUAUCAACCCCGUGUCACGUAGUUGAGCCUCAAAACAUCAACGAAGCCACGCCCCACAGCGAUUGGAUUGGUCAAAGGUCGGCUCUCGUCGACCAAUCAGAUCGCCAGAAAACAUUCGAGGGGACAGACGUCGAUGAAAUCGACCAAUCACAGAUCAGCAGCCUGUCACGUGAAGUUACUGCCACUAUUUCUCGAUUGUAUAAUCAGAUUGAUGACGAAAAUACUACGACUUCUAAUUCUACUACUACUACUACUACUACUACCUCUGCUGCUGCUUCUACAACUGCUGCUGCUGCUACUACGCAAGCUGCUACUACUACUACUGCUACUACAGAUGCUACUACUAUUUCUAAUGAUAGUAUAUCAAUUCCUGGUGCUGUGGUAAGUGCUACGAAAUUGUAAAAAUGUAUUGAAUUUAUAUACAGAGUGUCUAAUUAUGUCUGCUAUAAUUAUGAAAUUAUAGUUGCAACAAUUAUGAAAUCAUAGUUGCUAUAAUUAUAAAAUUAUAGUUGCUAAAAUUAUGAAAUUGUGGUUGCUAUAAUUAUAAAAUUAUGGUUG